AUGCCUUUCUUUCCGACGGCGCUGUUUCGGCGUCGUCUACGAGGCAACCAAGCGGACGCGGCUACAGUCCCAGGCAAAGCCGCUCCGCACGUGUCCUCGCACUCGCCGCCGCUCGCGGUGUGCCUGCGCGACCCGCCCUUUGUGUUUUUCCCGGCCUUCGUCUUUUGGCUCGCGGGCAUAUCCGCCGCGCGCGCGGCUGCGCUCAUUUUCCACGCUGCCGCCCACGCGCCGGCUGCGAAGGCGGGCGCAGGCGAGGAGGAAGGCGCGCUCUUCAAGACGUUUUCCUCUGAGCGCGAGCGGCGGCUGUUGCUAAGGCCGGGUGACUGUGCCCUUCGCGACGAGGAGCGGGAAGGGGGGGGCAGCAGGCGGCCGCGCGUGAGCAAGAAAACCAGCCGCGAGAAGUUUUUGCUGCACGAGGGCUACUCGCAGGGCGACGUCAAGAUUCUUGAGAAGCUGUUGCUGCGUUUCGUGGCGCAGCAGUACCUCUUCUUCGGCCUCCUCGUCGGGCAAGAUGCCUUCCAUGAGGACGCUCUUGCGCCUGUGCGCCACGACCCCCUGGCGGCCGUCCUCGCGUUCCAGGAGGCUGCGAAGCUCCUAGAGGCGCGCCUCCUCGCCUCCGCUCGGAUGCCGUCCCCCGCGCCCUCCCUCCUUGCCCUCUUCGCGCCUGAAGCAGCACGGGGCGCCUGCGGCCGCGCGGUCGCGACGGGCGCGGCGCCUCCCCACGCCCAGUCCGUCAGAGCUGCCUGCGGCUCUCGUUCUCGGAAUGCGAGUGCGCUUUCUCCCGACGACGCCAUCCGGCGGAGUGGCAGCCAACCUACCAACGCGAGGGGCGCGAAGCGAAGCGACAUUGCCUCGCCGGAGAGGCGAGACGCGGACACGCUGGACGCUGGUGAUGCGGCGCGCAGAGAGGCGGAGGAAGGCCAGGACGAGGAGCGGUGGAGAAGGCCGAUUCUGAAGGGGACUGCCAAAAGAAGCGUGCGGCGAGCCGAAGACGGCGGGAAGGGCGUUCCACAUGUGGGCACAUCGUUCCACUCUGCGAUCGCAGCCUCGCCCACGCUGUCGGGUGCGGGCGGAGGCGCGCAGGACAGAGUCGCGAAUCUUCCCGCCCCGGUUUGGCGCCGGCUGCGUCAAGGCUACUUCUCGCUGGACCCGCGCUUUCUUCUUCAUCUGCUGCUGCUUCCUCACGCACAGCAGAAACUUGUGAUGCGCGUGGACUCGGCGGGAGGCGGCGUGCUGGAGGUGCUGUACGGGAGCGGCGAGUGCGACGCCGUUCCCGGCUUCCUCUGCCGGCGCGACGACGCGCGCAGGAAGAAGGCGCAUCUGCUUCCGCGACCCGGGCUUCGACUCUUUCUCCAGAAGUUCUGGAAGCGAAAGAGCCCCGGCCUCGAGAGAGCGCUGUGCGCGGCGCUGGCCACGCAGUCGAACUGCGCUUUGGUCGCGGUGUAUCGACAGCUAGACAACCUGCGAAUCGUCAGCAGAUUCGUGGCGAUUUCUGUGCUUCACCAGCGGCGGCUGCUCGUUGAAAACUACCACGCGUUCCGCCACGCACACCCGCGCUCCUUUGAGCGUCACACAGGCAAUCUAGCCGGCACGAGGCUGCCGCCAGAAUCGCCUCUCGAGCUUCUCGUUGAGGUUGCGACCCGCGCUGCGCGGGUGGAGGCGGCAGAGAGUGACGAUGACAAGAGCGACUACGACGGCUGCGAGACGAAGAGUGCGAAGCGAGGCGCCGCCGCUUGCGCCUUCGCCUCCUCGGGGUGUACGUGCGCUGCGACCUCUCCAGCGGCGUGCGCCUUUCUUCCGAAGGACGACCGUCUUUUUGUUCCCGCCCCUUCCCUCGCCGACGGACGCGCAGACGCCUGGAGAAAGAGCGCCGCCCACGGCGUGUGCCUCGGCGCAGCACGAGCGAGGGGGCGGGCGAGCCGCGACACAGGGGAGGAGAGAGGCGGGCGGCGCGCGGGUGCAGGUUGCGAAGACGUCCAGGACGCGUUGGGGGAGGUUCAGGCCGCGUGGCUGCCCAUCUGCAUCGCUGUGCGACUCCUCACCCCGGCCUUUCUUGGGCCGCGUCUGCAAUACACAUACUGGCGCCUGUGUUUUCUGCUGCACCAUAAAAUUCAGUUACCAGCGCUCGUGCCGGAUGCGUUGCAGGCGACGGCCGCAGGCACUCUUUUCGACUUUACGCCGCACGCCACCGAAGGCCAGUACCCGUUUCUGUGCGAGGACGAAAACUUCCACGCGCCCGCGGAGCCAGCCAGGGAAGCCAAGCCGACUCACCUGCGGCGGAGUCGAACCGCGGCGCCGAGUCGGCAGCAGCUCCCCGCGCUGGCGGCUCCUGGCAAAAAAGCGGUGCGGAUGCGCGAGCCACACAGUCACGAGGGUUUCCAGCGAAGCCCUUCAUCCGUCUUUUCGGCACCCCCUGCCUCGCCCGAGCCGCUCUUUCCGCUCUUCUGUGCGCCCAGGCUGCCGCUGUGCUGCUUCCGCUGCAUCGACACUGUGGCUCAGGACUUCCUCGCCUUCUUGUUCGGCGUCAACGCGCCGGCGGCGCGCCAAGCAGCCGCCGGAUCUCUGCCGCACAGGCGCGCCGACGUGUUCGCAGCAGCGCGAGGCUGCGCUCGGGAGGGGCGCGGGAGGAGGCGCGGAGGGAAGAGUGACGGCGAAGUCGAGUGGAAACGCGAGUGCGCACGAGCUACGCAGGAGGCAGCCACGCUCCAGAUUCCGGCGUGGUGUACGUGCGGCAGCUCCUACAUCGCCAAGCGGUGGAAGGCACUCUGCGGAGGCUCAGACGAGAUGACGGAGCACCUCACCAUGGGCAGAAGGAAUCGCGUUUUCGCAUCUCUACUCGAGAAAGUCCUGCAGCACGAAGCCGCGCUUCUUGUGGAACUCGCGCGAGAGGAAAGGAGCGGAGUUCAUCGAAACCCGAGAGCAUUGGGAGCCGCCGCGCACGCAGAGCUGUCAGAGGCGACAGCCAACGAAAAAGGGGACUCCGAAGACACCAACCGAAGCGCUGAAAGCAGACCCCCGGGAGAACGCGUCAGCGAAGCAAACUGCAAAAAGCUUGGAGCCGACAGCAGAAACCUGGCAGCGCGAGAUGAGGGAGGUGAGAGAGGGGAAGGGAUCUUGCGGCUCUCGAUCGAUGCGUUCGCCGCGGAACGACCGGCAGAACGCGCGGCCAGCGAGAAGAGAAACGGAAAGAACCUCGACGCUGUGGCUUCAGGCGCAGGAGGGGGGGAUAGUUGCGUAGCGCCGAGCGAUGCCUCGACUGUAGCGGGGACAGAUAUCGCGUUGGCACUCCGAGCGUUUCUCUCGUUUCUGUGUUGCUUUUCGUCUCCGCUGCGCUUCCGCUCCUCUCUCCUUCACCUCUGGGACCUUGGAAACGCUCUGGGCGGCGGCGCGCCGAACGCAGACGUUGAGGACGAAAAGGCCGUUCUCCCGCUCUCUCCUCCGGCAGAUUUGGUGCGCGGUGUACAUACACUGACAGCGGACUGCGCCGCGCAGCCUCCUCGCGACCCCGCCGAGCGCCGACUUUCCACGGCUUCUUCGUCUAGACUGCCUCGCGGAUUUGAGGAAACCGCGCACUCACUGGCGCGAGAGCGACACGAUAACGGCGUUCCUAUGGAAGGCGCGGCGGCCCUCUUCUCGCACGGGAAAGGCGGCGCUGCAGCGGCCGCGUGGCUAGCUCCUGGAGGGACACUAGCUGACCGCGAGAGUCGCGGACCACCUGGAGGAGCCUCGUCUGCCACGGCGACCGAAGCCGCAGGUCUCUCCUUCUCGGGCGCGCGUCGCCGUCAGGGCGCGGCAGACGUGCAUCUUCUCUUCGCCGCAGUUGAGCACGCCUUCGUCGAGCUUCUGCUGGCAGACCCAGUCCCGGCGAGACGCUCGCCUCAGGCUCCGCCUCCUCAGGCGCUUUCGCCUGGCGGCAGCCCGCAGCUUUCUCUCCCACGCGAGGCGCGCACGGGCGAGCUGGAAGGCCGCAGGGAGGAGGCGCAGCCUGCGGCCGGCGUGGAGCAACUGACGGAGGACGCAGGGCGCGCUCAGCAGGGCGGCGAAGCUACCGCGGAGAGGCCUGGCGCGCCGGAGGCUCCCAACGAGCGACCAUCGGAGUCGGCGCCCGACGGGGGCGCCGGCCGACGAGCGGGGCGAGGCCCGGCGGGGCGGGGGCGGCGAUCGCGGGCUGGCGGCGCGGACGCGGAGCCGGGCGACAGAGAUUCGUCGCCCUGCUCGGCCUCCGAGCGCGAGCGGACGAAGACGAGGCGCCGGAAGGAGGACAGGGACGAGCGGAGACGGAGGCGGAAGGGACGCCGAGAAGGCGAGAACGAGAAGACCGACAGAGAGAGAGAAGACAGCGAACGUGCGCAGGAAGACGCGAAAUCCGCAGACGCGAGGGCGUUCCUCUCGCGCUGCUGUGUCUUCGCAGCCGCGCUCUGUGCAAAGCCUCCCCGACGCUGCGAAGGCCGCGCGGGCAGUGCACGCCCCGGCCGCCGAUAG